UUGUGUCUUGUACAUACGACCACAGGGUGUGGAGAACAGGGCUUCCCGUCCGCUCAGCCGUACUUAAGCCACACGCCGGGAGCGAAUCCCUUCUGUUGUAUGUUUUUGUCCUUCCCUUUUUACUACCCUUUUCCGUCUACCUUCCUUCCGUUCACCUCGCGGUCUAUUUUUUUAAUUUUUUUAAUUUUUUUUUUUUUUUUGGUUAGUGUUGUUUGGAUGGGUUGUGUUUAUUUAAUUAGCUAUUGUAUUUGUCUUGUGGAUACAGGAAGGUGCGGGUGGGUAUGUUGGUUUAUGGAUGCAGCCCUCCAUCUGGAAUGCUGUCUAGUCUUUAAACAGCAGAUAACUAUUUUUGUCUGUUACAGAACAGUCCAGCCCAGGUUCUACCUAUUUAAAUAUUUGAUGAACACGGAUAAAACAUCCCAUUACGAGGGAGAAUCCUACCCCGCUUAG